AUGGCCAACUCGAAGACUACCCCCAAGUCACACGAUGACUCUCCUUUACCGGACAAUGUACCCGAUAUUGCUGAGGGGGUCAACAUGGAGCAGUACAGGACAACUGUCCCGCUUUGGAAGCGGGUAUGGCAGAACAGUUUGACGCAGAUGAUACUUCUGAGCAUCCAGGCGUUCUGUGGGCCAGCUAUGUCAGACGCAAUUAUAGGCCUCGGUGGUGGUGGUCUUGCCUCUCCUCGGGUGUCAAAUAUCUCGACGGCGAUUACAUAUGCCAUGCUUGCAGUCGUUUGCUUCUUGGGUGGUCCCCUCGUGAACAAAAUCGGUAUCAAGUGGGCCCUCGUAAUCGGCUCGAUGUCCUUCCCCAUCCAGGGUUCGGCAUACUACUGCAACAGCAAAUUCGGAAAUGAAUGGUACCUCAUCCUCAGCGGUGCUAUUAGCGGUAUUGGAACCGCUUGCUGGUAUGUCGCCGAGGCCGGUGCCAUCAUGACGCUUGCACCUUCUGGUGCCCGCGGCAAGUAUCUGGCUCUAUGGAUUGUGUCACGGAAUCUUGGACAGCUAGUUGGCGGCGCAAUCAAUCUGUCGAAGAACUACGAAAAAGGGGUCAGCGGCGGUGUCUCUGCCGAUACUUACAUUGCCUUUGUGAUCAUUGAGUGUCUUGCCCUGCCAUUUGCAUUGUUAAUAACUCCCUUCGAACGUGUUGUUCGAUCCGAUGGUACUCGAAUCGUCACCUCAGAGACCCUGUCUACCAAGAUGGAAGUGAAACGCAUUGCGAAGACCAUGACCUCGAAACUCAUUGCAUUUUCUUCCCUUUGGGCAUUAUGGUCAUUCUUCUACACCGGUACCUGGACUACCUACUUGGGAACCCACUUCACCGUCCGCUCACGCGCCCUAUCGUCCCUCAUCUCGCCUUUGUUCUGCAUCAUUGGCUGCUUUGGCCUCGGAUUUAUCCUCGACAUGAAGAGCCUCAGCCAGCGCCGCCGCGCCCAGAUUGGCCUAUACACCGUCGUCAUCCUCAACUUCGGUGUAUACAUCUGGUCCAUUAUUAUGCAGGUCAAGUUCAACCGCCAUGAUCCUGGCGCUAUCGAUUGGGAUGAUGGGCUAUACCCUUCGUCCUUCCUGCCGUAUUUCUUUGUGCAGACUACAGGUCCGUUGUCGCAGUCGUACAUGUAUUGGCUCCUAUCAUCGUUCGCGACAGAUGCGCAGGAAAAUGUCCGUAACGGUGCUGCAUUCCGAUGCAUCGAGGCUAUUGGACAGGCUAUUGCCUACGGCAUGAACACGCAAACGACGAGUAACCCUCUGAUUGGAUUCGGCGUGACAUUUGGGCUACUCGGGGCUUCUCUUCUCCCUAUGAUUAUGCUUGUGAACACGACACCAGACCGCAUCCCUGCCGAUGUAGUUGCUGAGGAGCAGGCAGCCGCUCGAGAGAAGAUUGAUGAUGUUUGA